UGGGACGAGCUGAGGAAACCCUGAAGCGUACAGCGCGCUGCCAGGCGGGUGGCAAAGAGGACCAUCUUGCAGCCGAGCAGACUGCUCUAGAGUUACUCUUUAACGUCGUGUUCUUAGUUAUUCGCAAACAGUGCAGUAUAAAAACAAAAAAAUGUUCUCCCGAUUAAGAGUAGCUGCCACUCCCUGUGCCAUGGCAUGUCGCAGUGCGCAUACGAAAGAGAAAGGCAAGCCACUGAUGUUAAACCCACGAACAAACAAGGGCAUGGCCUUUACGUUGCACGAACGACAGAUGCUUGGGUUGCAAGGACUUCUGCCUCCUAAAAUAGAGACACAAGACAUUCAAGCCUUACGCUUCCAUAAGAAUUUGGCAAAAAUGAACGACCCCUUGGAAAAGUAUAUCUACAUAAUGGGAAUCCAAGAGAGAAAUGAAAAAUUAUUCUAUAGGGUAUUACAAGAUGAUAUUGAGCGGUUAAUGCCAAUUGUAUAUACACCAACAGUAGGCCUUGCCUGCUCCCAAUAUGGACACAUCUUCAGGAGACCAAAAGGAUUAUUUAUUUCUAUCUCAGACAGAGGUCAUAUAAGAUCAAUUGUGAACAACUGGCCAGAGAAUGACGUUAAGGCUGUUGUUGUCACUGAUGGAGAAAGAAUAUUGGGUCUUGGAGACCUAGGUGUCUAUGGAAUGGGAAUUCCAGUAGGAAAACUGUGUUUGUAUACGGCCUGUGCUGGCAUACAUCCAGAUAAAUGCUUGCCCGUGUGUAUCGACGUUGGAACUGACAAUACAACACUCUUGAAAGAUCCGUUUUAUAUGGGCCUGUAUCAAAAACGGGAUCGCUCACAAGUCUAUGAUGACCUAAUUGAUGAGUUUAUGGAAGCCAUUACAGACAGGUAUGGCCAGAACACGCUUAUCCAGUUUGAAGACUUUGGAAAUCACAAUGCUUUUCGUUUUUUGAGAAAAUACAGAGAGAAAUAUUGUACCUUCAAUGAUGAUAUUCAAGGAACAGCUUCAGUGGCCUUAGCAGGACUGUUGGCAGCACAGAGAGCCACUGGCAAACCAGUUGCAGAGCAGAAAGUGCUGUUCCUUGGAGCAGGAGAGGCUGCCCUGGGAAUUGCAAACCUCAUUGUUAUGGCUAUGAUGGAAAGCGGUGUUUCUGCGGAGGAAGCCUACAAGAAAAUAUGGAUGUUUGACAAAUAUGGUUUACUGAUUCAGGGCCGAGAACACAUGGUAGAUUCCAAUCAAGAACCAUUUACGCACCAUGCUCCAGAGCUGAUACCAAAGACAUUUGUAGAGGCAGUGAACGUACUUCGGCCUUCAGCUAUCAUUGGAGUUGCAGGAGCUGGGCGGCUUUUCUCACAUGAGGUGAUCAAAGCAAUGGGCUCUAUCAAUGAGCGACCCAUCAUAUUUGCACUAAGUAACCCCACAGUGAAAGCUGAAUGCACAGCAGAGGAAGCAUAUACGUUAACAGAGGGACGAUGCUUGUUUGCCAGUGGCAGUCCCUUCGACCUGGUGACCUUGAAAGAUGGACGAAUCUUCAAACCGGGCCAGGGGAACAAUGCUUACAUCUUUCCAGGCGUGGCUCUCGCUGUGAUCCUCAGCAGUGUUCGACAUAUUAGUGAUAAGGUUUUCCUAGAGGCUGCUAAGGCUUUGACAGAACAGUUGACUGAUGAAGAACUUGCGCAAGGAAGACUUUAUCCUCCACUGUCUAAUAUCAGGGAAGUUUCUAUUUAUAUUGCCGUCAAGGUUAUGGAAUUUUUGUACGCGAACAACAUGGCUUUCCACUAUCCUGAACCUGCAGACAAGAACCAUUACAUUCGAUCAAAAGUUUGGACCUACGAAUAUGAAUCCUUCAUGCCAGAUGUGUAUGACUGGCCUGAGUCUAAAGUACACUGAUGCACCAGAAGAUAGCACUCCUCAGGCAGCAUCUUCUACUCUGCAGGGAUCCCUUUUUCAGACCAAUUUAAAUCGUGACUUUUGAGACUUGUAAUUUAUUUUCUCUCAUUUUGUUGUCUUUUUCCCCCUCUCCCUUGUUUUUCAUUUGACGUAGAUUUCUCCCCAUCUUCCCAAGUAUCUGAUGAUACCGUGUGGGUGAUGGCAUCUGUCACAUAACUGAUAGAGCUCUCCAGAAUUAAUGUAAAUAAUGAUACUGCGUUUCUAGCUUAGAGCCCUCACCACACUAAAGAAUUCCAAUAAUGAUGUUUUAGCUGCAUGCGUACUAUAAUGAAUUAUAGCUCUCUCCACACUGCUGAUUUCCAGAAUCAUUUAUUUCUGCUUUUAAUAAUCAGUCUUCUGUCUAAUUCUCCUGGUGUUGUCACACUGCAUUAUUUGUGACAUCAUAAGAGAAUUUGUCAAGAAAAAAUAAGGACAGCUUAAGACGAAUCUAGCGGUCUAGCGGGCUUUCUGUGUUGUCUGAUGAUUAAAGAUGCACACGUCCAGGCUUCCUUGCUUCAUUGGCUGCUCUGUUUUUUUGAAAGUGCUUUGAAGAGCCGUGUGGUGUGCACAUGUAGAAUCGGCAGCAAUAUUUGUAUUCUGAAUUUUCAUCAUUGUGUGAAAUCUCCUAUCGGGAAAAAUAGGAACUAGUUACAAUGUAUCCUUGGAAAGUCUGAAAAUAAUAUUAAUCACUUACUGACUUUAAAAAACAAAGCUAUGCUGUUGCAUUAGAAAUUGCGUCGUAUAAAGGCAGAACCUGAAGUAACAUGCAGAAAUCUUUUAGAGGGAUUGUUGAGAGAGAUCUGCGUUAGACUCCAAGGUGAUGUGCCAAAGGACUUUUGUUUCAUUUGUUUGGUUUUUUUCAGGUUCUGUUUCUUCUAAGUAAAUCAGCAAGAUCGUUUUCUCUCUUUAGCUGCAUAACUUUGUUUUCACCAAAGGACUUGUUUUUAAUGUUUUUGUGAUACCACUGACUUGAAGGGCUCCUUAGUGGACUUAGUUGCCACUUUGAACGAAAGACUCCUUCCCCACAAGCUGAGGAAGCUAAACCAGAAAGUGUUCCAGGCAGCUGUUGACAUGCACGUUUACAGAAGUUUGACUGACUGUUUCUUGGGAUUUCAGUUCAGCGUACUUUUAGUUUGACCGCAGUGAACGUAAGACGUGAAAGAUCUAAUGCUCAGCAGUUUUAAGUUGAUUACUUGAUCCUCCUCACUCCCUUUACAGGCUUAAUUUGUCAGGUAUUUUGUAAGAAAACAGAAAUUGCUAGUUUGAUUUUUGUCGCUGUUUCCUCGCAGUGGUAGUACUGCACAUUUGCUACAGAUAUAUCACAAUGUGCAUUCCUUUUCAUUUUGUUCACAUCUGCUUUGAAUUGCCCUCCAUUAUUUUAUAUCAGCAUGCAACAACAAAUUUUUGUAGUUACUGUCUCCGACUUCUCUAAAUCUAGCCUCUCUAAAAAGCAAUAGAGCAGAGAGUGGAACAGAAGUGGAGAUGAUGUGCCCUCCCGUACUUUGUUGCAAAAAGACAAAAACUUGACAAAAAUAAAUACAUGUAAAAAAGUUGUACUGAACAAAAAAAAAAAAAGGGGGGGGGGGGGGAGGGAGAAGAUUUAAAACGGGUGUACUGGCAAACUUGAAGACAGAAACCAAAGAGAUGAAGUAAAUCGUGCUCAGAAUUUACCCAUGGCAAGCAAAUGUCUCAUGCCCUCAUUUAUAUUGGAAAAUGCAUUCUCUUCAGAACUAAGUAAAAUCGGGCCAAAAUAGAACAGGAAAUACAGACUCUGUAACCCCUUAAAAAGACGCGGUCUCUUGGUUAUUGCCUAGUCCCUGAUUUUAAUAGAAAGAAGUAUUAGGGGAAAAGGACAGUAAACUUUUGGAAGAUUUCACCUAAGCGAGGGAAGAAGACUGAUUAUAUAAACACAGAAAGCAGUGACAUAGGGAAAAAAAGCCAUAUUCAAACUGUGGUGAAAUGCUGUCUGGUGAGGCUCUAAAUGCUACAUUGCCAAGUUGUGUGAUUUAUGUGGUUUGCAACUUAUCUGUGCAAGUAUAUAUACAAAAAAAAGACCAACACACACACGAUGUUUUUACAAAGAAUGCUUUUUUCAUCUAUUUUUGCUAUGCUUAGUUUUUAGUGUAUUUAAAUAUGUGGUCUUACUGAAAAAUUAUUUAUUUAGUGUACAAAUUAUUUUUACCUUUUGAAAAUUCAACCCGUGCUGAAGCACGGACUGAAAGCCUGUUGUAGCGUGUCAGUGAGGUUCUGCAUCGUUGUGCUAAAGCAUAUCAGCAGCGCGCGCUUCCUCGCUGCUUCUGACGAAAUAUUGAGUAGAAGAGCAACAGAUAUCCCAUGCGCUGAUCUUGUGCCCUGGCUGAGACCGACUGCAGAGGCAGGGCAGUCGCUCAGUAAAUAUAACUCGGUGUUACAAAAUAAAGAUCUACAUCCAUCUAUUCGGUCUUGAUUUUUUUCAGGCAGUGAGUGCAGCCAUCAUUUAUACGGUGGGCACUGACAGCACUCAGGGUGUCAGAACAUCUGGUACUUGGGAAAAUAAUAUUCCCGGCUCACAACAGGAGCCUUGCUUUGGGCAAGCGUGGUUUCGUUUCCCAGAGGAAGCUACCAAACAGACAAUUGGCAGUGGCUUGUGUCAAGGACAGGGAAGACUCCUGUUUUGCGAAAAGCAGUUCUUUCUCCUCCUGGCGUGGGCUGCCUGCUGUCUUCUCUGUGCGGAGGCCAAGAGGCGUUGUUCAGAACUGGCUGAUAGUGGGAUUUUCCUAGCUGUAAACGUUACUAGAUACUUUUAUGAAAAUCCCACUGCACAGGUGAGGAAAAACUUAGUCGUGUUUUUACUUUCAUCUUUAACUGACUGUGAGGCUCUAGUUACGAUACAGUCAUCCCCCAGCGCGGCUGUAGGUGUUCCCAAGGUCUGGAGUAGCGGGGUCCUGAUUGCGUCUCCCUAAUCCGUCCCAGUUAUGUCAGCUAAGAGGUCCCAGCUAGGCUUCAUCUGCACGCACAUCUGUGUGCUUUGUUUAGUCAGGCUCUGUUGGUCAUCUAUAGCUCGAAAUAGAGACAAUGUAGGAUUUUGCCGUCAACUUACAGCCAUUGUUUUCCAUUUGCAACAGGUAACAUGUCACAAACUUCUAAGUGUUUCACUCUUCCAUCUUUCUCAGAAUGCUUUUAAGUAGAUUGAUCUUCAGAUUUGAUGAACUCUUCAAAUCUAAUUAAUCUUUGAAUCAAUUAGCUAACUGUUAAUUGUCAGUUAACUAAUUAAUUAACUGUUUGUCUUGCCACUUAGGAAGGAACCACAGUAUCCCUUUUCAUAUUCUACUUAAUCUGAAUUUUUUUUUCUUUGCAGGCUUUAUCAAAAGCAUUUAUUAAUCUGUAUCAGUACAGAAAGUUCUCUUAGGCAGCAUGCAAAGACCAAAAGCUUUCACCAGGAUGCGUUUUGUAACACUACAUAGUGUAAGUUAAGCUUAUAUUAUUUUUUGAAAAUUUUUGCCUAAACGAUGACUAGUGGUGCAGCUCUAGUGACUUUUGCCCUCUGAGUGGUAUAGAAAUAUGUCUUUCAGGUCUCUUCUGUUAGAUUCUAUUCUGGAGUUAGAGAACACUUGAGAGAAAAAUACUAAGCAUCAAAAACUCCCAUUAAAGUCAGCAGAGCUGAGGAUGCUUAAGUCUUUUUCAGGACUGGCCCAAGACUCGCUCCUGUGAAAUCAACAGGAGCAGGAUAUGUACAGAAACAUCUACGUGAGGAGAAGUGGAAGGUCUUUAAAAAGAAAAGUAGCUAAGGGAGCGUAGCCUCACUUUAUGAAACACCUGUGUUCUUGUUCAAAGACGUUACAAAGGUUUGUGUAUUCCUGAAGCGUAUGCCAGUGUGCCAACAGCUGACGUGGAGAGGAAGAUUAUUAAAAUGUAGUGUCUGGUUAUAUUUGAAACCAAAAGUGUGACUUGCCACCCAAGUUCUUCUUGGAUAUGUUUGUUAAUGGUGAUGUUUCAUGAUGUCGUCGUUUGUUUUCCAAGCUUACAGUGAAGUGACGCUUUACAUGCAGAUCAGUGUUUAGCAGGUUUCCCUGCGGUAGGUGUGUGCGUUCUCUGUACUGUCUUCGUCAGCACGCUGUUUUGCAGGAGGGGGGUGACGUAACCCAAUGUCAUGCUCUUCUGAUAGAAACUGUAAGUAAGGGACAAUAUACCUUGUAUUUUUUUUUCAUUAGCAGCCCUGUUUAGUGAAUGCUCCAGUAGGAGAAUUGGGAUCAGUACUGUUGUACAGCUACAACUAUGAAUUUUAGUUCAGCUCACUCUGGAUUUAAUUGAAAUUCAAGUUGUGUUCUUUCAUUUGGGGCUUGCGCCAGCUUUCCUCGAUGUUAAAGGUGCAGAUGUUAGUGUCUCUGUGAUUUAGAUAAAGUAACCUACCAACUUUCAGACAGGGACUGUAAGAACAAAACAGUUUGGGCUUCAGUUCUGUCUUGGCUAUUAAUGCUAUUCUUGAAUUCAAGAAGAAAACCACUGUCAUUGUAGGAUUUUUUUUUAAAGCUGAUGCUCACUGUUACAAAGCAUACUGCUUGCUACCCUCUUUUGUAACACAUGUACAUAAUAUGCAAGGACUGGUACUAUCUUGAAUACUGGAGCAAAGAGAAAAUCUAGAACAAAGCUCUAAUUACAGCCACUUGGCAGCUGAAUUUGAUGAACGCCGUUCAGUUGCCUCUGGUGAAGGGACGUGUAAUUCUGUAUGAGUCUACCUUGACCUACCUGCCUACCUACUCUUGAAAUGUUAUGUUACCAUGGUAUCAGAAAGCCUGCAGAUGUUCUCAGUGAGACACGAAGACAGCUCAGCACGCUUCAGGCCUCUGCUGCCCGUCAUCGCUCUCCGGAGCGCCAGCACUCGGUGACGAUGCAGCUUGCUCGCGCCUGCUCCAGAGGGAUGUGUGCUAACAGCUGGAUCACGUGUGGGGGAUUCGAUAUCUUGUGGUGUAGCGGACCAUGGCUAGAACUCAUUAAAACCUCUCUUGGGUCAGGUUUUUGACUUGCCAGCGCUGAGAGAGCUCUCUGUAGGGAGUGCACAUAUAUAUUCCACGCGCACAAAAUGGGCACUGGACUGAACUGAACAUUAACCCUCCGAGUACCUCGGGCUUUGACUUACCCGUCCUUUAAAUAGCUCCUUUCUAAUAAAAACGGAAAUAAAAAUACUCUUCAGACUGCGCAAACAUAGCAAGUUUGUCAGUUUUUCAGGAAAUAAAGAUGAUUUUGCCAUUUUAUCGUAAGCACAUCUAUCUUACACAAGUAAACGUAACUCUGUAUUGCAAUGCUUGUGACGACAAUUCCAGUCUAAUCUACCUAAGGGUUGACUUAAUCUAGGAGGGUCAUUGCUCAGCUGAAACUAAACUUGUAUUUAAAUGUAAACUGUUUGGGUUUUUUUUUUUUUCUCCUUUAUAUAAUAUUGUAACCGUUGAAUGUGUGUUCCGGUCUUCUAUUUUCUUAGUAAAAUGCA